AACGGAAGUUACGGUAGCUCCUUUUCCUGACGAAGCUAGAUAAACAAACAAAAGCAAGACAUUAUAUUAAUUAUUUUAGGAGUCUGAGCUCAUUUCGUUGUGUUUCUAUUUAUAGAUAUGUCUACCAGGAAAAAUCUGUUCCCGUGAAUUUCCAGCAAGCGAGGCAAAGAAGUAUUAUUCUUGCAUAGUUCGCUGGCAGGCUGUGUAGCUUGUAGUGGUUAGCUCGUCAUGUUUAUUUUAGUGCUGGGGCGAAGGAGCGAGACAUGAUGGCAUGAAACUGUCGCAGUGUUAGCAAGAAGCUACACUCUCACUUAAAGAUUGGAAAGGUUGUGGGAAAAACUUGGCGCAAGCUUUAACCCGAACUGCACUCCGUAAGGUCCCGCAUACCGUCACCAUGUCGUGGACUCUGAAGUUGCCUCUCACGGAUGAAGUGAUCGAGUCCGGUCUGGUCCAGGACUUUGAUGCCAGUCUCUCGGGCAUUGGGCAGGAGCUUGGUGCAGGGGCGUACAGCAUGAGCGAUGUGCUCGCCCUCCCCAUCUUCAAACAGGAGGAAUCCAACCUGCCUCCAGACAGCGACAACAAGAUCCUUCCCUUUCAGUAUGUUCUGUGUGCAGCUACCUCGCCAGCCGUUAAACUGCAUGAUGAAACACUCACCUACCUCAACCAAGGGCAGUCCUAUGAAAUUAGAAUGCUUGACAAUCGGAAAAUUGGGGAACUUCCGGAAAUCACUGAUAAAAUGGUGAAGAGCAUCAUCCGCGUGGUGUUUCAUGACCGACGACUUCAGUACACAGAGCACCAGCAGCUGGAGGGCUGGCGCUGGAACAGGCCCGGGGAUCGCAUCCUGGACCUGGAUAUCCCCAUGUCUGUCGGCAUAAUCGACCCCAGGGCUAACCCUACUCAGCUAAACACUGUGGAGUUCCUUUGGGACCCAUCAAAAAGAACCUCAGUUUUUAUCCAGGUACACUGCAUUAGCACAGAAUUCACCAUGCGAAAGCAUGGAGGAGAAAAGGGUGUGCCUUUCCGGAUCCAGAUCGACACGUUUAAAGAGAAUGAGAAUGAAGAGUACACAGAACACCUCCACUCUGCCUCGUGCCAGGUCAAAGUCUUCAAGCCUAAAGGUGCAGACAGAAAACAGAAGACUGACAGGGAGAAGAUGGAGAAGAGGGCCCCACAGGAAAAGGAAAAGUACCAGUCCUCCUAUAAAACCACAAUCCUGACAGAGUGCUGUCCCUGGCCCGAGGUCACAUAUGUCAGCAACUCUCCAUCUCCUGGCUUCAACAGCACACUCAACAGCUUCCCUGUUGCAGAAGGAAAUGGAUCCCCAAACCACCAGCCUGAGCCUGUUGUUCAGGUAGCAGAUAAUUUGUUACCCACAACAAACCCACAGGAUGCACAACAGUGGCUUUUAAGAAACCGCUUCUCUCCCUUCUGUCGGCUCUUCACCAACUUCUCAGGGGCGGACCUGUUGAAGCUGACCAGGGAAGAUGUCAUUCAGAUCUGCGGGCCCGCUGAUGGUAUAAGACUCUUCAAUGCACUGAAAGGACGGGUGGUGCGCCCGAGGCUGACCAUUUACGUUUGCCAAGAGGGACGGGAGCAGCAACCGAAACAUGAAAAUGGAGAUGCUGCCACCAACACUUUCUUUGUAUAUCACGCCAUUUACCUGGAGGAGCUCACAGCUGGCGAGCUGACGGAGAAGAUUGCUCAGCUCUUUAACAUCUCCCCCAGGCAGAUUAAUCAGAUCUUCAAACAGGGUCCCACUGGCAUCCACGUGCUGGUCAGUGACGAGAUGAUUCAGAACUUCCAGGACGAAGUAUGUUUUGUUUUGGACACAAUGAAAGAUGACACGAAUGACGGCUACCACAUCAUCUUGAAGUGAAUAUGAGGCUGGAGAAUAGCGUUGCUCUCUUCUUUAGACCCGAUCCAGUCAGCCCCCCUAGAUCUUCAUAUUCCUCGUCGUUCCUGGAAUAUGUGGGGAUGCCGCAGGAGAAAAGGCUGCUAGGAGGACCUGUGACUGAAGCACCUGACCCUCUCCUCACUAUACCUUAUUGUCUUACUUUUGAGGUAGUGACAGUUACAACAGUGAAGUGAACAAUCUCCUUCUCACCCUGCCAUUGUCUCCCUUAAGUGGUUGCAUUUUCCUCUUG